GCCGGGAGGAUUUAGUCAAAGGACCGCUUCCUGCGAGUGGCUAGGGGCGGUUGCAAAGAAAGGAAAUAGCUCCAAGAGCUGCAUCUUGCUUGCGGUAGCGGCGGCAGAGGCGGAGGCAGAGAGAGGAGGGCGGAGGAGGCAGAGGAGGCUGUUGCAGAAAAAAAGUGUCAGAGCCAGUUCGGCUUUAGAGUGUGGUAAGGGGUGCUUUUCAUGGUGCAUGGAAGGAAAGCCAAUGCGCAGGUGUACCAGCAUUCGACCAGGAGAGACUGGAAUGGAUGUAACAAGUCGCUGCACCCUUGGAGACCCCAACAAACUUCCAGAAGGGGUUCCCCAACCUGCCCGCAUGCCCUAUAUUUCAGACAAGCACCCUCGACAAACCUUGGAAGUGAUUAACCUUCUGAGAAAGCACCGGGAGUUAUGCGAUGUGGUACUAGUUGUGGGCGCUAAGAAGAUAUAUGCGCAUCGAGUCAUUCUGUCGGCCUGUAGUCCCUACUUCCGAGCUAUGUUUACAGGAGAAUUGGCGGAGAGCCGUCAGACAGAAGUGGUGAUCCGAGACAUAGACGAGAGGGCUAUGGAACUACUGAUUGACUUUGCGUAUACCUCCCAGAUAACUGUAGAAGAAGGCAAUGUUCAGACCCUCUUGCCAGCUGCUUGUCUCCUCCAGCUCGCAGAAAUACAGGAAGCCUGUUGUGAAUUCUUAAAGAGACAAUUAGAUCCUUCUAACUGCCUAGGCAUUCGGGCUUUUGCUGACACACAUUCUUGCCGUGAGUUGCUAAGGAUAGCAGACAAGUUCACUCAACAUAACUUUCAAGAGGUAAUGGAGAGUGAAGAGUUCAUGUUACUUCCAGCCAAUCAACUCAUUGAUAUAAUAUCUAGUGAUGAGCUAAAUGUUCGCAGUGAAGAACAAGUAUUCAACGCAGUGAUGGCCUGGGUCAAAUACAGUAUUCAAGAAAGACGCCCUCAGUUACCCCAGGUGCUGCAGCAUGUUCGUUUGCCUUUGCUUAGUCCAAAGUUCCUGGUGGGCACAGUAGGCUCUGAUCCCCUCAUUAAAAGUGACGAAGAAUGCAGAGAUCUGGUAGAUGAGGCUAAAAACUACCUCCUGUUGCCUCAAGAACGACCAUUAAUGCAAGGACCAAGAACAAGGCCACGGAAACCUAUCCGAUGUGGAGAAGUACUCUUUGCAGUUGGCGGUUGGUGUAGUGGAGAUGCCAUUUCCAGUGUGGAGCGAUACGAUCCACAGACCAAUGAAUGGCGAAUGGUAGCUUCAAUGAGCAAAAGACGAUGUGGAGUUGGGGUCAGUGUCCUGGAUGACCUGUUAUAUGCAGUAGGAGGCCAUGAUGGAUCCUCUUAUCUCAAUAGUGUUGAAAGAUAUGACCCCAAAACAAACCAAUGGAGCAGUGACGUGGCCCCCACGAGCACCUGCAGGACGAGUGUGGGUGUGGCAGUACUCGGUGGUUUCCUCUAUGCUGUCGGGGGCCAAGAUGGUGUGUCUUGCCUCAAUAUUGUUGAGAGGUACGACCCGAAGGAAAACAAGUGGACUCGGGUGGCUUCUAUGAGUACCAGAAGACUAGGUGUGGCGGUGGCUGUGUUGGGAGGGUUCUUAUAUGCUGUCGGUGGCUCUGAUGGAACAUCUCCACUCAACACAGUGGAACGCUACAAUCCUCAAGAAAACAGAUGGCACACCAUAGCCCCUAUGGGGACCCGGCGGAAACACCUGGGCUGUGCGGUGUAUCAGGACAUGAUCUACGCCGUGGGAGGGAGAGACGACACCACAGAGCUCAGCAGUGCUGAGAGGUACAAUCCCAGGACUAACCAGUGGUCUCCAGUAGUGGCCAUGACAUCCCGGCGCAGUGGAGUUGGUCUGGCAGUGGUCAAUGGACAGCUCAUGGCAGUAGGAGGUUUUGACGGCACGACGUACUUGAAGACCAUCGAAGUUUUUGAUCCUGAUGCCAAUACAUGGAGGUUAUAUGGCGGGAUGAAUUACCGUCGGCUGGGAGGUGGUGUAGGAGUUAUUAAAAUGACACAUUGUGAAUCCCACAUAUGGUGAACAUGUAGGAGACAGUCUUGUAUGUGCUUCUCUGUAUUCUGGAGACCUUUGACUUUGAAGCUUUGUGCAGUUUGAGAAAACAUUAGAACAAAUUUUAUUCUUUGCUGGUGCCUCAACAUAUGGAAAUACAAGUCUAAUGACACUAUUUCACCUGCAAGAUGCCACCUUUACACAGUAAUUUUCAACUUUGUGUAGAAGACUAUUUAUUUUUUGUUUUGUUUUAAUUUAUCAUAGUGUUUUGGUUUUGGAGUUUUUGCUUGGGCUUUGUUUUUUUGUUGUUUUUUUUUUACUUAUCCUUCCUCCCACAAAAAGAGAGAGAGAGAAAAAGAAAACCCAAGCAUCACUGGGCAUUGUGGCACACUCUGGUAAUCCCAGUACACAAGAGGCUGAGGCAGGAGUACCAAGAGUUCAAGACCAGCCUUGGCUACACAGGGGAUUUGAAGCCAGCCUAGACUACAUAGUGAGACCUUGUCUCAGAAAAAAAAAAAAAUUCAAAGCGAAACUUACUUUGGAAGGUAUUGAUUUAAUUUUGAACAUACUGAUAAGGCCAGAAGGGCUAUGUAUAAUCUGGUUAGUUCUACUAGACACUCCAUCCAUCCAACUCCACUACUACAAGGAUUAAGGAGAAAGAUAAGUAUGAACAAUGUAUUAGCUAUUCAUCAUCCUUGGACUACACCAGAAGACUUGAAAAUGUAAAAGAAAUAAACACAUCAUACUAAAUAAUGAAGGCAGAAGGAAUAUCAAAUCAGUAAAAGCAGGGCUCUAAUGCUACAGUUUUCUUCAGUGGAAGCUGAUAACUUGUUUACUUCUAAAUGACCUUGUUUUCACUUUAGUUAAAAUCUUUUUUAAAAAUAUUCCCAUGGAGUUUCUGCUAGUUCUAGAGUUCUGCUCAGUGCCUCUGUUAAAACAGCGUAUGAGUCUCAUUCGCUGUCUCAAGAACCACCCCAAUAUAAUCAUAUGCAGCUCUGCAAGAGUUUUUGCUCACAAUGUUGCUGAGUGAAGCAACUUUCCUUCCGAUUUCCUUGUCUCUACCAAGGAGUAGAAGGGAGACAUAUCCUUUCCCCGGGAGCCAGUCCUGUACGCAGUUUGCGCUUGAUGCUCCUGCCUGGUGCAGCUGAGGCUUACUUUCAAUAACAGCCUCCUAGAGAAUGAAGUCUUCACUUCAUGAAUAGCACAUGUUGCUGAGUGUAAGACCACUUGAGGCAUUUUAUCAAUAUCUAGGUUCUUUUAUGCAAACUAUGUAUCAUUAUCUUCAUUCUGUAAAGCCACUGUUAAUUCUCUCAAAUUGCACUUUCUGAUGAAAAGUUAAAAAUUGUAAGGAAAUAAAUGGUAACGAUUUAGUGGU